AUGGUGCGAAUUCUUAAAAACUUAUUUUUAAUUUCCAUUUUUACUUCGUUGGCCCUUAGUAUUCCAACACAAGAACAUGAAAAAAAUCUAAAUCUUAAGGCUCCGGCUGCGAUACUUGAUCCUCAAAAACAAGUAACCCCACCUAUGGUUCCUGAUCCUCAAAAACAAGUAACCCCGCCUAUGGUUCCCGAUCCUCAAAAACAAGUAACCCCGCCUAUGGUUCCCGAUCCUCAACAAACUCCAACCCAACCUAUGGUUUCCGAUUAUCAUAUAACUCCAAUUAAAAAUCCUCAAAAUGAAGAUAUUGAACAAACUGAUGCGAAAGAGGAAACUGAUGAAAGUGAUGUAUCUGAAGGUCGCGAAUUAAUGUCCGAUCCUCUCUUACGUUCCAACUUAGAAAGUCUCAUAUCAUCAUCUUCAGUUGAAUCGUCCGAAUCUCUUGAUGCUAGUGAAUUUAUUGACCUUCAACCAGUUCGCAAUACUCUUGAUAAUAUAGUCUCUACUUCUGACCACCUCUUCAGUUUCCCUGAAGGUCCUAAAAAAUAUCGUGUUGUCGUUCUUCCUAAAGGCAAAGCCUUGCACUUUGUAUAUAAGGUUAUAGUAUUCCCCAGGAGAAAAUAUGCUCACCCUAAAAUUUUCAAGUUAAUUAUUGUCCCUGGUAAAAUUACGAGUCGUGGUAGAAAAGUCACAUUCAUUGUAAUUCCUAAAGAUGCUCCUGGAAGUUGGAAACAAUACUCAAUUUUUAUUCCUCAUAAAACAGAAUAA